CGCUGUGCCAUUAAACGAACAUCAAUCUUUGUUUACCUUAAAAAACUAAUUUUGCUUUAGAAAAGACUUUCUUCUUGGGUGUUUGACGUCAAAGCAGCACGACUUUAAGUAUCAUGAACUCAAUUCGGAUUUGUAAUGACGCGCGGGCAGUGCUCCUACUCCACCACACGGUGGCGCCCUGCGUCAGUGACCAGCAAAGAUCGUGUUGUUUUUGUUUUGAACCCUUCGUCGGUUCUCGCCACAGCCUCCGUCCCAGCGAGUGCACGAGGCGGCAAACGUCGACUUUCACGCCGCUCACCUACUGGACGCCACAUGUGACACGACUUUAGACGUCUCUCCUCCAGCUCCUCUCUAUUUUGGUCCCUCUCAUGCCGGACCACAUAAUGACAGACCUGCCGUCCAUGGAAGAACCCAGCCCAGCAUCCUCCCAGCCCAGAAGCCAGCGUCCUCCCAGCCCACAGGCCCAUAUAAGCCUCUCGCCCUGGCGCGGCCGCCCACUUGUUCCAGAGCCGACGGGUCAGCCAUGGACAACCACUCGUACAACUUCCCCUCCGACUGCACCCCGCUCACCAACUGCAAGUCGGCCCGCAAGCCAGCCGGCGCCACCGUGGUCAACAUGGGCGGCGGGGGGAAGAGCCCGCCCCGGGACUACCUGGUCUGGUCGCUGUGCAACACCCUGUACGUCAACUUCUGCUGCCUGGGCUUCAUGGCGCUGCUCUACUCCAUCAAGGCCCGGGACCAGAAGACCCAGGGGAACCUGCAGCUGGCCCAGGAGUGUUCGGACAAGGCCAAGUGGUACAACAUCCUGGCAGCCGGCUGGAACCUGCUGAUCCCGCUCCUGGCUCUGGUACUGCUGGUGCUGCUGCUGGUCCAUCUGGGGACCUCCAAGGGCUCCUUCGACUUCCUGGGAGAGGACGGAUUCCGAAACUUCCUGAAUCUGUUCAGCUGGGAAAACUAGAGGCUGCGGACGCUGGCGCUGUUGGGAGGAGGAGGAGGAAGGCUGCUGUCAAUCAUGUGUGGAGGCGGGACGCAGAACAAGGCAGCACAAAGGAUUUGAUAUCUAUCGUCCUCCAAAAUAGUUCUGUUUACAGAAGAUUACAAGAAAGUAUUUUAAAUGUCUUCGAUUAUCAAAUAUAAAAUACAAAAACAGGAGCUAAAAAUCUCUCCAUUUAAAAUUUUUUUUUUCUUUAAUGGAAUUGUAUCACAUUCAUUUGGUUUAAACUCAUUAAUCAUUCAAAAAGCAAUAAUAAUAACAACAGUAAUUAUAAUAGUUUUCAAAUUAUAAAAAUGAAAAAUGCCAAAACAAACCAGUGUGUGACCUACAAAAACUCAAUUGAAUAAUUCGGAAUCAGCAAAGAAAAAUUGUCUAUUUAUUGAUUUGUCUUUAAAAUUGUUUCUCUCUUUUUUAAUGCAUAAAUAUAGAUAUGUUUCUAUUAUUUUGCGAGGUGUUGCAGACACACGACACGACAAAUCAAAACCAAUAUUUCUAUUUAUUGUAUUUAUCUGUAUCUUUGAUAAUCAUUUAUUUGAUAUUCAC